AUGCGUUCAUUCAUCUCUCUGCUUUCCCUCUCGUCCGUCGCUCUUGCGAGCUGGACUCGGAACUUGAACUACCGCAGUCCUUCUGACCACCAUCCUGGUCUCGGUAUCUCUCUCCACAAGGUCAACAAGCGCAAUGUGCCUGGUACUCAGUACUCUGCCUCGCAGUUGAACUUUACCCAUGGCGUUGCUUCUGGUGACCCGUACUCGGACUCUGUCAUUCUGUGGACUCGUGUAGCUCCCAUGUUUGACAAUGUUAACGACAACUCGACUGUGUCUGGCAUUGCACCGCUCUACGGUCAUGGAGCCAGCUUGAACGCCAGUACUGCUCCUGUAUGUGUGCAGUACAAGGUUGCCAAGACUUCCAACUUCACCCAUGUCGAGAGCCAGGGCACCGCCUACACUUCUUCCGACAUUGACUACACUGUCAAGGUCGAGGCCAAGAACCUGACCGCAUUCACCCGCUACUACUACCAAUUCAACGUCUGCGGUUCCAACAAGACCAGUCCUCUUGGCCGCACCAAGACUGCUCCUGACACCAAUGACUACACUGCCGAGGUUGGACUUGCUGUCUACUCGUGCAGCAACUUCCCAUUCGGCUUCUUCAACGCCUAUGGAAACCCCGUGCGAAAGGACUCUGUCGACUACGUCAUCCACCUCGGCGACUACAUCUACGAGUACGCCGGCGACGGUGACUACGGCUACGGCUACAGCAUCAACCGCAUCCCCAAGCCCGAACGUGUCAUCACCACUCUCUACGACUACCGCGAGCGCCUCGCUACCUACCGCACCGAUCUCGAUCUUCUCGCUUCUCAUCAGAACUACCCUUGGAUUCCUGUCUGGGAUGACCACGAGGUCUCGGAUAACACAUACCGCGAUGGCGCUUCUGAGCUGAACAACACCGAGGCUUCGUUCAUCAGCGAUGGUGGUGUCUCGGUUGACCAGAGAAAGAUGAAUGCUGUCAGAGCUUACUUUGAGUGGAUGCCCAUCCGUCAAGUCGAAAUGGACGACAAUCUUCGUAUCUGGCGCAGCUUCAGCAUUGGCAGCUUGUUCGACUUGGUCAUGCUUGACACCCGCCAAUACGACCGCUCCAUCACAGAUCUCUACUGGAACACCGAUUACGUCCACGACAUCAGCAACGAUGCAGGCAGAAGUAUGAUGGGCAGCAGACAGGAAAACUGGUUCUACAACCAACUGACUCAAUCCGCAAACCGUGGUGCCGCAUGGCGUCUUAUUGGCUCUCAAACCGUCUUCUCGCGUGUGAAUGAGUCUGCGGCGUAUGGCAACACCAAUCCUCUCGACUACGACGCUUGGGAUGGCUACCAAGCCAACCGCAACCGCACCUUGUCGCAUCUCUACAACAACGGCAUCGGCAACAACAUCGUCAUGUCGGGCGACUCUCACGCCUCAUGGGUAUCUGAUCUCGUGUGGCUUGACCACGAACGCUACAACUCCACCUCCGGCAACAACAGCAUCGGUGUCGAAUUCGCCGGCUCUGCCGUCUCCUCGCCCUGCCCGUACGGCCAAAACAUCUCCCUCGCAGCCGCCAACAACGCCUCCGACUGGCUGGUGCAUGCAAACGAAGAAUUGCAAUGGCAAGACAUCUACUACAGAGGUUACUUUGAGCUCCACAUCAACUACGACGAAGUAACCGCCAAUUACUUUGGCAUGCCCACCAUCAUCAACCGCAACCCUGACGAGAUUUCUCUCGCCAACUUUACCGUCAAGAGCGGUGCUAACAAGUUGCAACGACCUGUUGCUGGUGGCAUCGUCGAGUCUGGUGCACUGAAGUUGGGGCAGGUUGUCCAGACUAAUGCUACCAACAACACUGCUACGGGUGUUUGGUUCGUUAGCCAGGCUAACGAGGAGGAUAUCUGA